AUGUGCGCGUGUUUGAUCUCUUCAAACUACCAGGAGAGGUGCGGGGCAGGAAAAUCACGACCUCGCUCCACCGGUGCACCAGAGACUGGCACCAGGCUCCUACAGCUGGGUCUCCAGAUCCGUCUACAGGAAGUGCCCCCUAUCCUUCAUCCCUUUGGGCCCCUUCCAGCCGAGCUGCAUGUCUCUGCUCGGAGACUAACAGCAAGUAACGCCAGGCUGUGGCGCUCGGACCUCUUGGCUCCGAUACAAACAUAUCCUCUGCAGAGAGGUGAUGAGGCAGCGACAUUACUGGAGAAUCUAGCCUGGGAACAUGGAGACCCAGGGCAGCAGGCUACUUUCUGUGGUCAGGAACAGGACAUGCACUUAGUGGUGACAGAGUAUCAAGGAGCCUCUAUGGAGUAUCAGAGUCUCCAGUUCCUGCAGCCUGGGGUCACUCCCUGGACAAAUGAACCUCCACAGCUCCCCAGAAUCUGGGAGAGGUCACUGGAACCCAGGAGAUCCAAAUCUAUUAGAAAGAGCCUCAGAACUCCUUGUUACAUCUUUGAUGUUAUAUCUUCAACCACAGCAGGAUCAAGCUGGACCCUUUUGAAGAAAUGGUACAAACUGGGAAGAACUCAAGAAUACCCAAUAGAGAUUGUGCACCCCACAUUCCUGGUAGUGCUACUUCCCCCACUGAAAAGAAUUUCAAAUUUAAACACUGUUGGGAGCUACCACCCACCCUGUGACUCCUAGGCCAAGAUGCACAUUGCGUCCUUGCAGUACAUGGCGGCGAGGGAAAAAGACAAAUCUCGAGUGAGUGAGCUGCUCCAAGGCCUUGCAUUUUCUGAUGAUUCAGCGGCAGAGGAAGACAGUGACCCUGAGGUGCAGCCUGAGAGAAAGCUAAAGGCAUCCAACAUGCCUGAGAAGAGCUAGACGAAAAGAGACAUUAAGCCCAACUUUCCAAGCUGGUCAGCACUGGAUUCUGGACUUUUGAGUCUCAAAAGUGAGAAGUUAAACCCAGUAGAGCUCUUUGAAUUAUUUUUUGAUGAUGAAACAUUCAACUUAAUUAUUCAACGAAACCAAUAAUUCAAUGAAACCAAUAAUUAUGCUUCUCAGAAAAAUGUCAACCUGGAAGUCACAGUGCAGGAAAUGUGGUGUGUGUUUGGUGUCCUGCUCUGGAGUGGAUUUGUAAUGCAUCCCAGAAUGGGGAUGUAUUGAGAAAUCUCUGAUUCUGAUCAGACCCUGGUGAGAAAUGCUAUUAGAAGAGACAGAUUUGAAUUAAUUUUCUCAUACCUGCAUUUUGCAGGUAAUAGCCACCUAGAUCAAAAAGAUAAGUUUUCAAUAUUGAGACCUCUCAUAAAGCAAAUGAAUAAAAAUUUCCUCUUGUAUGUCCCCUCUAGAGGAAUACUAUUUGACAAGUCAAUGUGUGAAUGCUUUGAUAGUGACCAAUUUCUGAAUGGAAAGCCUCUUAGAAUUGGAUAUAAAAUUUGGUGUGACAACUACACAAGGCUAUCUGGUUUGGUUUGAGCCUUACCAAGAAUAUUCAGCUGUGGAAACAGAUAAGGAGCUGGACCUUGGGCUAGGUGGCAAUCUAAUAAUGAGUUUUGCUGAUGUUCUUUUGGAGAAAGGUCACUAUCCCUAUCACUUGUGCUUUGAAAGCUUCUUUACAAGUGUUAAACUGAUGUCAGCUUUGAAGAAGAAGGGAGUGAAGGCUACAGGAUUGAUUCGUGAAAACAGAAUGGAAAAAUGUCCACUUAUGAAUGUGGAAUAUAUGAAAAAGAUGAACAGGGGGCAUUUUAAUUUCAGGGUAGAAGAAAAUGAUGAGAUAUUUUUAUUCCGUUGGCAUGGUGACGGCUUUAUUAGUCUGUGUUCAAACGCUGUAGGCAUAGAACCAGUGAGUGAAAUAAGCUGUGUAGCCAACGGUAAAGCAUCCCCCCAGGUGAGCCAACCAUCCAUUGUGAACUUGUAUGAGAAAUGCAGGAAAGGUGUAGCUAAAAUGGAUCAAAUUAUUUCCAGAUACAAGGUGGGAUUAAGAAGUAAGAAACGGUCCUUGGGUUUGGCUAGUUACAUGAUCAAUGUGGCCAUGAAUAACGCAUGGCAGUUACACAGAAUCUGUAACCCAGGCUCUCCUUUAGAUCUCUUGGGUUUCUGGAAAUGUGUGGCAUGUUUUUACUUGGAACAUGAUGUUAAUCUGUCUGAUUAGGACAUAUAAAGUACACAGUAACAACACACAAACACACAAAUUAUAACUGUAAUUAGAUCUCCAUUACCAAAGCAAAUGUAAUGGAGAAGGUAUGAUUGCAUAACUGGUAUUGUUUACAUCAAAGAUUUUUGCAGGGAACAAUGUUUAAAAAAACAUUCUGUGAGUGUUGGAUUUGUGUUGCCUUUAUGUCUAGUUUUGUGUCAGAUAUGAAAUGACUUAUUUGUUAAAUUAUUUUAUAUAUUAAAAGAACAAAAACUUACCAUUCCCCCACUGUCGGUUUUGUUUUAGAGAUUGACAUUUUGAAAAUGCAAGCAAUAUCUAUUCUAUAGAAUGGCACUAAGUCCACAGCCCAAAACAGAUACAAAAGAGAUAUACAAGUCCUGAGGGAAGGAUGUUCUAACA